AUGGACAGGUCACGAGAGCGCUCGAAAGUCGGACAGUUUGAGUACGAUCAGCUCGAAAGUACGAAACAUGUCCGCCUGAUCGAAGUACUGCCGGGAGAUGUUUCCGAUCCGCUGGCUUGUCGGCUGACAUCCUUCCUCCUUGAGGCAUCACCGCCCUACCAUGCCAUCUCUUACACAUGGGGAGAUGGGAACGAUUUGCAUGCCAUGUCACUCAACGAGGCUUCUUUCGCCGUUACGACGAACGUGCGCGAUAUUCUGGAUAUGGUGCAACGUUCUGGGCAGAAGAUGUACGUCUGGAUCGAUGCGGUUUGCAUCAACCAAUCCGACAAGAGAGAGAAGGAAGCACAAAUCGCUAUGAUGGGUGAUAUCUACCACCAUGCCACCAAUGUCGUGAUAUGGCUUGGCCAUGGUGACGAUGCUCCACUGGCGAUGGGUCUAGUGAGAAGGCUGUCACGUGUGCAGAGAGAGGUCAGCCCAUUCUGGAUGAUGCCUCUACUUAUUGGAACCGCUCAAAAGUUGUCAGCCGUUGUUCAGCGUGUGGCACCUCAAUCUAUUCUGGAUAAUGUAUUGCCCAGAUGGGUUGACCGUGCGGUAGCUAUAUGGGGCAGAUCACAAGCUUACAUGCCUUGGUGGCUAUUGGGAAAGGUAUUGACACCUGUAGUCACAGUAAAAUGGUUCAUGAACCAACUGCUUAGUCUCAUCAUACCAGAAAGCACUGAGAUCUCCCCUGAAUGGCACGCCUUGAUCAAUCUCCUACAACAUCCUUGGUUUGAGAGAGUCUGGGUGGUUCAAGAAGUCAUAUUUGCAAGCUCGGCAAUUGUCCUUUAUGGCUCAGAGGAGGUAUCUCUCGAUGACUUCCAAGGGGUAGUAAACAAUAUCUGCUCCUCUUGGAUGACUACACAGAUGAGUACUCUCACGACCGCACAGAUCAGGUUUGUUCAAGCAUCAUUGCCAUCCGCUAUGAUACCACUCCGCCAGAUGCACAAUAUGAGAAUUGUGGAGCGAACUAUCGGGACGAAAGAAAAUCUUUACGAUCUUCUUAUCCGGUUUUCGCGGAAUAAGUCAACAGAGCCGAAGGAUAAAAUCUUUGCUCUGAUGGGACUCUCUUUGGAAGCAGAGCGAGAUAGGUUGUCGUUAGGAGGAUUACUAAGACUAUCUCCUAGUCUUCCCACCACGAUAAACUACGCUAGAUCAGACCGGGACGUAUUUAUUGAGACAGCUCGGAAUUUGCUCACGCGAGAAGCCUCAGCUUUCAGAAUCCCGCUCUGCAUUCUUCCACUGGCCGGAAUUGGAUACCCAAGACUCGUCAAGAACCUCCCUUCAUGGGCACCAGACUGGAGCAAUGUUCCGCCUGCCUAUAGUCUUGCCCACCACCUAGCUGGAUACGGUUUCAUUUAUCGAGCUGCCGGAUCGUCAUCCGACCCAUACUUUUACAACUCGCCAAAGGGAGAGGAAAUUGUCCUAGCAGCUACAGGAGUUUCAAUUCGGUCACAAAAUCUUGUGGGUAUGCUGCCGGGGAAAACAACAUCACCAUUCGUGCGCCUCGGACCCAUUCCAGACAGUAUCGAAGUCAAAGGCAUAUUGACCGGCAAAAUUUCUCACCUUGGAGACACUUGGCAAUUGGACUUCUCUGAAGAAAAGGUUGGAGCCAGUCUUGAAGGUACUAGAAUGUGGCGAGAGCAAGCUCAGGAUCUGACACUUCAAUGGGCCCAAGAUCCGUAUCCCACUGGCGAAGACUUACCUGAAGUGUUCUGGCGGACACUUAUCGGCAAUCGUACACCGAACGAAAGGCCUGCACCGCCAUCUUACAGAUCCCACGGAACCAUAUAUGACCUUCAAGAGCGUAUCCUCUUGGCCAGGCUCCGGGGAGAAGAUCUGAGCCAGUUUCGGAAGAAACUGGUGAAGAGGUUUCCUGGUCUCUUGGACGGUGAUCUCAGGCUGCAGAUCAUGGACCUAUUUAGCAGUCUAUUUGCGACUGCUCUCAAGCAAUGUACUCUGCACCGGAGAUUUUGUGUCCUAGAUAAUGGGUACAUAGGGGCAGUUCCUGCAGGGAGUCAGGAGGGUGACUUGGUAUUUGUAAUCGAAGGUGCCGAGACGCCAUUCGUUCUUCGGCAUUCAGUGAGGAAGGACGGAGAUCAUAUAAUCGAUUCGACGUACGAACUUGUAGGGGAGUGCUAUGUGCAUGGCAUGAUGGAUGGAGAGAUGAUGACUUCUGGAGAUCUGAAGGGUAUAGUGUUGGUAUAA